CCUUAAACGACACGAACAGACCAAGGUUAUUGGAAUUUGGAUCCAAGUGUGUUUGCGCUUAGCAUCAUCCUUCAUUCAAAAUGUUUCAGUCUAUGAUUUUAGAUCGAAUGAAAAAUACGUUCUUUGGAGAACUAAAGAGUUGGAAUUUUUCGAUUUACGCUCAAUGGCUCGGGAUUCUUUCGAUUUUCUUGUGUAUUAUUUUGGGAAUUGUUAAUUUGUUUCACAUCACAUUAGUCGUAUUGUUCUCGGCCUUGACCAUUGUGGAAGGUGUGCUGUUAGUUUUUAUUGAACUUCCCUUCUUGGCACGCAUUUGCCCAGUUUCUCAAAAGUUUCAAACAUUUACGAAUACUUUUGCAAGCAACUAUUACCGUGGGCUUAUUUACGCAAUUUUCGCAGUGGUGACCUUUUUGGGCUGCAUUUUCUCGGUUACUAGCUUGAUCGCGGCUGGUGUUGUCUUGGGUUUAACUGGUAUAUGUUAUACCUUUGCAGGAAUCAAGGGCCAGGCAUUUACGUCGAGCUCCACCCUCGGUGGGACCGGACAAGGAAACAAUGACGCUCCCGCCGGUAUGGUAUAAAUAUAAAGAACGAAUAGCGGAAUAAUGCCACUAUACCUACCCGACUUUCCUUACUUUUGCUUGGCAUGACAUAGCAUAGCAUGGUAUGACAUGUCUUGAAGGCCAAUGCUUCAACAACGAUCGUUUGAGGUGAAAAGACCGUAUACUAUAACCAUCCUUUGACACUUUUUAAUCUUCUACAAUAACUUUUGUACGUUUUCUACGACUAGGAAUGGUUGUUUGCAAAAUGUUUUGCGUUAUAGAAUAGAUAAUAUAAUGAAAAGAAAUUGAGUAAGUUUUUUUUUUAUGAUACCAAAAGCAAACAACAGUUAAUCCUCAACUUGGUAUGUAUUUUCCUCCAGACGACGUUCAAGCUCGGCCUUGAUUUGUUCCAGACGAUGCUCGUUUACGAGAAGACGUUCGUCGUCGAUUUCUUCAAUAACGAUUCCAGGUGACUUUUCGUCAAUAUUUAGAAUGAGUUGUUUGACAGUUGGAUCGCACUCCACCAACAACAAUCCUUUUUGGGCUCUGGGCAUAGGAGGUAGCGAUGUGGUUGGUAGGUAAUAGGGAAAGCAAGACAAAGGAAAUAUAGCUAGUUCUUGACAAAUUCUUUGAUUUGGAUAAGAACUAUUUUUUUACUUUUUACUUUUUUUGCUUUUCUUUAGCUCAAAUAAGUUCCUAGAAACAGUUUAUGGAAAAACUCUGUCGCAUAUAAAAAAAAAUGGAAAGAAAAGAAAAAGAAGCAAAAUAGAAAAGCGUUUUCACUACAGUUUUAAUUAGUAUUAUUAUUCAAUUUAAUCCUCCUGCUAAUCUUUUUCAAACUUUUCUACUCCCAUUCAAAUAACUUUCUACUUUCUAUUCAACAUUUACUCUUUUCCCUUAGAAAAUUACACUUGGGUUACUUAUUUCUGCAAAAAAAAAGGUUUAGAGAAGAUAAAUAGUCAAAAAAUCGUUAUUGGGAAAAAUAUAUACGCUAAGCGAAAUGAAACGUACUAAUAAAAAGGCAUAAAAUUUUCAUAAAAACAUAAUCAUCUCUCAAAAGAGACUUUCUGUUUACGCUAAGAAAUGGAACCUCCCUAUGUGUUUACUUUUCGUUUCUUCACAUCGGGCGAACUUCCAGCUAGUUACUUGUCCUUAGAAGCAGUGUAGGCAAGCAAGUCAACACAACGACGAGAGUAGCCGUAUUCGUUAUCGUACCAAGCGACAAGCUUGACGAAUUGAGGAGAGAGUUGGAUACCAGCACUGGCAUCGAAGAUGGAAGAGUGAGUGUCACCGUUGAAGUCAGUAGAGACAACAGCAUCUUCGGUGUAGCAAAGGAUACCCUUGAGAGGACCCUCAGCAGCGGCCUUGAUAGCCUUCUUGAUGUCCUCAUAGUUAGUGGGCUUGGCAAGUCUGGCAGUCAAGUCAACAACGGAAACGUUGGUAGUGGGAACACGGAAAGCCAUACCAGUAAGCUUACCGUUGAGGCUAGGGAUGACCUUACCGACAGCCUUAGCAGCACCAGUGGUAGAAGGGAUGAUGUUAGCACUGGCGGUACGACCACCACGCCAGUCCUUGGAGGAAGGACCAUCGACGGUCUUCUGGGUGGCAGUGGAAGAGUGGACAGUGGUCAUCAAACCUUCCUCAAUACCGAAGGCAUCGUUGAUAACCUUAGCCAAAGGAGCCAAGCAGUUGGUGGUACAAGAGGCGUUGGAGAUGACUUGUUGGUCGGGCUUGAAGCUCUCGUGGUUGACACCAACACAGUACAUAGGAGAGUUGUCCUUGGCAGGAGCAGAGAUGAUAACACGCUUAACACCGUUCUUCAAGUGACCAGAAGCGGCUUCAGCGGUGGUGAAAACACCAGUGGAUUCAAUGACAUAUUCAGCGCCAGCAGUGUUCCACUUGAUGUUGGCGGGUUCCUUCUCGUUGAAGACGGUGAUGGUUUGGCCGUCGAUGACCAACUUGCCAUUCUUGGCACAAACCUCACCAGGGAAGCGACCGUGAGUAGAGUCGUACUUGAACAUAUAAGCCAUAUAUUCAAGGUCAAUGAAGGGGUCAUUGACUGCGACUACUUCAACAGUCUUAGCUUGAAUAGCGUUACGAAGGACAAUACGUCCGAUACGACCGAAACCGUUAAUUCCAAUUUUAGGUGCCAUUUUCAAUUGAAUACUUUUACUAUAAAUCGAUUCAGAACUUGAAUGAACUGUAGUUGAAUGGACUCUCAUCUGCCUCUAUUUAUACCUUGUCAAUUCCUCCUUCAAGCAUCAUAAUGAUUUCGUGAAUUUCUAUGGGUAAGGGUUCUUGGACACUACACAAUUAUCGCUUACUUCAUCCCCUUUGUUAUUUGACUCGCGCUGUACCGUUCUCAUUGGUCACACCAUGAUCCUUGUUGCCUUCGCUCUGUUCUUUGCUUUUCUCUAAAACUUUCCUCUUCAUCAGCCUGCCCCGUCUUGUCACCUUGAUAUCGCAUGUUGCAUCAUCUUCCAAACAUCGAUGUCACCUUCAUGACGUUCCUGGCUUCAUCAAGUUCUUCGUACAAGAUCUCUUCAGUUCAUCGUCGUUGAUGCAUAACGUUCUUUGUUUCUUCUCUUUUUCCUCAUGAUCACAUACUGUCUCUACCGUCAGUUGCUUACAUAGUACCAGAAGCGUAAUUCCAUCAUCCAUCGAAAACUACCGGGUUCCCUAGUCUUCUCUAUUACUUCUCCUCUUUUUGCUCUGCAUCAUUACAUCUCUUUCUCAGACGUUGUUGUCUUUGCAUGUCAGUUGGUUUCGUAAAUUUGCUGGCCUCUCUUUUUGCCGAGUUGCCUCAUUUCAUCUCAAUUCAUCUCGUCAUAUUAUGAACUGUCUCAACUCUCGGUCCGCGUGUCGUAUUUUCGUAUGAUUGCUCUCUUGUUUUUCUUUUUUAUUUACUCUUGAUUCCAUUUUCUUUCUACUUUUCCUCUACCGUUCUCUCUGGUCUCUCUCUAGCUAUUCUCUUCUCUUUAGGUGUGUUUGCUUGCUUGUUCGUUCGUUCGUUUGUUUAUUUGUUUGUUUACUCUUCUGCAAAUCUUUACAAUUUCGCAGAUCUCUCGCUUUUGACGGGAUAUGACAUCAUAACCCCUUUGUUUUCCCGGAUCAUUUCAAACAUCCUUUAACCGAAUACUUCAUAUCUUACCUUAUCGUCAAUGACCGCCUAUCUUUGUUGGCUCCAUCCCACUACCGACCGCUACCUUUCCUCCUCCUUUGUUACUUUAUUACUUCAAUCCUACUACUCAUCACCACCUUCACCACGACGCAUACAAAAGCUCUCUUACUAUCCUUUCAGUCUAGUAGUCCCUUUCAUAUUUACUCUAUACUUAGUCAAUAGCUUUCUACCAAUCUUUUUUAUAAUGCAAUCAUCAGUCUUUUAUUCUAAGUAUACUUGUUGCUUCUAUGCUUCUUCUUCAUCCUCUUAGGUAAUCACUGUAGGCUCCUUUCUUCCAGUCAAUGCUUCUAAAGACAAUACAUCUAAUGCCACUUCAAUCACUGGCUUCAAGGCUACUUGAGUAUCCAAUUCGUACUUGCUAGCAUCAGACUCAUGCUUUUCAAUGUACAAACGCAAAGUUGCUCCGCUAGAUCCUGUUCCGGAAAGUCGAGUUACAAUGCGACUGCCGUUCUCAAACUUGGCAUACAAUCCUUGGUGCUCACUUACACUUCCGUCAACGACGUCACGGUAUGCAAAAUCUCCUGCAUUUGCAAUAACAAAUCCAGGUGCAACUUGCUUGCCCACGG